AUGAAUUAGGUUCUUGAAUCAUAGAAGCUUAGAAGCUAAUUGUCUCUCUAAACAUCAAAUGCACAACUUACAAGUCUAUAACUUCAUAAUUUAAACAAACAUACUUCCUAUGUGUUUGCAGCGACUCUCCAUAACGUUGUGUUGGAGGAAAGUUUUGAGAAAUGCAAUGAAAUCAAUGAAUAAAAAGACCAAAACCUAGAUGAAAACUAAUGGUAAGAAGUUAAAAGAUAGCUGUGGAAAAGCAAAAUAGAGAAAUAAGGGGGUCAGAGUUUGAAAUAGUAAAAGUGUUUUUUAGCAUCUGCAGGAGCUGAUAAAAAUAUCUAUCUGUGGGAUAUUGCUAAUAUAUCAGUCCAAUCAAAACCUGAACAAUUACCAUAGUAUACAAAUGCUUAAGAGAACUAAGGAAAUGAGAAUUAACAAAGUUUGAGUUUUUCAAAGGAUGAACUAGACCUACGCCAUAUUAUUAUACCAUAUUAACAAAAUCUUUAUGAGUUUAUUAAUUGUUUGCUUAAUGUUGAAUUGAACUAGAAUUAAUCAUAUUUGAUUGCUGGUUAUGAAAGUAAUCAAAUCAUUAGAUAUCAAAUAUCCGGUAAAUAUUGGAUUAAUAGUGUCAAUAAGAUUAGAUAUAUAUUGAAUUUAUCUGAUGUCUCUUAAAUAAUGAAAAAAUUGCAUAGUCAUAAUGAUUCUGUAAGAUCAAUGGUUUACUUUAACAAUCAGCUCUGUUCUUGUGGUGAUGACAUGUAGCUCUUAAUUCAGACUAUCGAUGGUAAGGUUAUCAAAAGAUUUUACUUUGAUAGUAUCAUUGAUAACCUAUGUAUUUGGAAUAAUCAUUUGGUUUUUCCCCAUUACACUGUUAGUCUGAUAUCUACUAGCUAAAAGAAAGAAGAAUUAAUAUUAACACAAGGUAAAUUGGAAAUACCAGAACAGAAUUAAAAUAACGCAAAUCAAUAAGCAGCAGGUUAAUUGGUAUAAGUAGACAAACACACUUAUAAAUAUGCGUUGUAAUAAUGCUUAAUGAUUAUGGGGGAAAACUAAUAGAAUAAUUUAAACAUCUAAUUAAAUGCUUUGGAUUAUCAUCCUACAUUGGAAGAUGCUUAUGAUAAAAUUGAUAAAAUUACCUGUUUUGAGCUUUCAGACAAUUAGAAUAUUUUAUUUUCAACUGAAAGUGGAAAAUUAAUUAAAAUUAAAGAGCCACUCAAGAACGAUAACAAUCUAGAAAUCAAGGAUGAUUAGUAUAAAGAUGCAGAAAACUCAAAUCAACAAUACCAAUAUAAAAUAUUAAGUUAAUUUUAAAGUCGCAGUAAAAUUUAUGAACAUAAACUCAAUCAAAUAAUAAUGUGUUUCAUCAAAUAUUAAAAUCAAAUUUAUUUAUUCUCUAAAAACCCGAAUUAAAAAGAAUAAGUAUUUUUGUAAAAAGGUAAGGAAACUAGUGAUUCCAAUAGUGAAUUUUAUCAAAAAGUUGAAAAUAAUCCCUUAAAAAUUCAAUACUUAUCAAUCAAGUCGGAACAAGCAGAUGAAAAUAUUAUUAGAUCUUAUGAAGUGUUUUUACAUAACCCUUUGUUUAUCUAAGAAGGGAAUACGAAAAUAAUUAUUUUAUGUGGUGAUUAAUUAAGAUAUUAUAUGUUAUGA